GGCCUCCAAGAGUUAAAAAGAGACAGUUUCCAAGUGCAGUGGUGUCUCUCUCUUUCUCUCUCCACCCUCUUUCUCUCUUUUUUCCCCCCUUUAGUUUUGGCAGGGGAUUAAAGUAGCUCCCCCCUGUGGCAGCAGUGACCCAGAAAUGAGUUUGAUUCACCGAGUCCUUCCUCCAUAACAAGUAAAAACGUCAGUCAGGGAGAGAGAGAGAGUCUCCCUCUCUCUCUCUCUCUCUUUGGAUAUAUCUCUGUGUGUGUGGCUGUGGGUCUUUUUGCACGGGAGGGAGACACAACCUUCUCCCCCCCCCCCUCUUUUUUUUCUCCUCUGGAUCGAUGAACUCAUGAGGCAACACGGAGCCGAGAAAGUCGAACCUCGUUGGCAACCAUUUCAGCAAAAGCAGCCAAAGCAGCCAAAGCAGCAGCAGCAGGCUGCCUGCUGUUACCUGGGAAGAUCAUGAAACGAGGUCGAUUUCCCAGCAGCAGUGAGGAUUCUGACGACAAUGGCAGCUUAUCAACCUGGUCCCAGCAUUCUAGGUCUCAGCACCGGAGGAGUUCAUGCUCUAAGCACGAAGACCGAAAACCAUCAGAGCUGGCACCCAACAACCUUUCUUCUGGCCAGGAGAUCAGGGAGCUCAGCUGCUGCCACAGUCCCUGCCAGCAUCAAGUGUUCAGAACUGACCUGAUCACUGCCAUGAAACUUCCUGAUUCAUACCAGCUGAACCCCGAGGAGUAUUAUGUGUUGGCAGAUCCCUGGAGGCAGGAGUGGGAAAAGGGGGUUCAGGUGCCAGUCAGUCCUGGGACUAUCCCAGAGCCAGUAGCCAGAGUUGUGUCUGAGACAAAAGCAGUCAUAUUUACCAGACCUCGGAAAUAUAUCCUUUCCUCGGGUUCUGAGCCCCCUGAGCUUGGGUAUGUUGACAUCCGAACUUUGGCUGAGAGUGUAUGUCGGUAUGACCUUAAUUACAUGGAUGUGGCAUGGUUGGAACUGGCCAAUGAAGAAUUCAAAGAAAUGGGGAUGCCUGAGUUGGAUGAAUACACCAUGGAGAGAAUCAUGGAAGAAUUUGAACAGCGAUGCUAUGACAACAUGAAUCAUGCCAUUGAAACUGAGGAAGGACUUGGAAUCGAGUAUGAUGAGGAUGUGGUCUGUGAUGUUUGCCAGUCUCCAGAUGGUGAAGAUGGCAAUGAGAUGGUGUUCUGUGACAAAUGCAAUAUUUGUGUUCAUCAGGCUUGCUAUGGCAUCCUCAAAGUCCCAGAAGGCAGCUGGCUAUGUCGAACCUGUGCUCUUGGUGUUCAGCCAAAAUGUUUAUUAUGUCCCAAGAAAGGUGGAGCCAUGAAACCGACCCGUAGUGGGACAAAGUGGGUUCAUGUUAGUUGUGCCCUCUGGAUUCCUGAGGUGAGCAUUGGCAGCCCAGAAAAGAUGGAACCAAUCACCAAGGUCUCCCACAUACCAAGCAGCAGGUGGGCACUGAUAUGCAGUCUUUGCAAUGAGAAGAUUGGAGCAUCCAUACAGUGUUCAGUGAAAAACUGUCGCACCGCCUUCCAUGUCACUUGUGCAUUUGAUCGCGGUUUGGAGAUGAAGACUAUUCUGGCAGACAAUGAUGAAGUCAAGUUCAAGUCAUACUGCCCAAAGCACAGUUCCACCAAGAAGCCAGAUGAAGAAAACCUAAGUGAAUGCACCAGCCAGGAAAAUGAGAAUGGGACACAGGACAGUUCUCCUGAUGCCCACAUAGAACCCUUUGACAGUAUGGAUCAAAACCAGGAGGAGGCCCACAGAGUCAGUGUUCGAAAGCAGAAGCUUCAGCAACUGGAGGAUGAAUUCUAUGCCUUUGUUAAUGCUUCAGAGGUAGCUAAAGCCUUGCAGCUUCCAGAGGAUUCUGUAGAAUUCCUAUACCAGUAUUGGAAAUUGAAGAGGAAAUCCAAUUUCAACAAACCUUUGAUCACUCCAAAGAAAGAUGAAGAGGACAAUCUAGCCAAACGGGAACAGGACGUUCUAUUCAGGCGAUUACAGCUUUUUACCCAUCUCCGGCAGGAUUUGGAGAGGGUUCGAAACCUGACUUACAUGGUGACUCGACGGGAAAAAAUUAAAAGAUCUGUAUGCAAAGUCCAGGAACAGAUAUUUAAUCACUACACAAAUCUUGUGGAGCACGAAAGAGUCUCAGGCAUGCCAUCUUCCUUUUCUUCUAUGGAAAACAUGGUGCUCUUCAACAGUUCACCCCUUGGCCCUGAUGCACCUAAGAUAGAAGAUUUGAAGUGGCAUUCUGCUUUUUUCAGAAAACAAAUGGGCAUGUCAUUGAGUCAUUCUAUGAAAAAAACACAGAAGAGGGAGCGAAUGAGGAGACGCUCUGGGCAUAAUGAUAAACCCUUACUCAAGCAGACCAGCCAAAGGGAAGGCCUUACUGGUAGCUUUUUCAGCUUUGAAAAAUCAUUUGAAGAAGCACAAGCUGGAUUAGCAAAACAGAAGAAUGGUAUUGUUACAGCAGACCACAGGAAGAGGAGAGACAAUCAUUCCCACUGCGAUGCGAUGCAAGUUGGACUAAAGGAAAAACCUCCCAAACACAACCACAAACCCCUGAGAUCCAACGACCUGUCUCAGCGGCAAUUAGACAACAAAAGGGCUGUGAACCACCCGAGUGGGAGGUCAGCGCCCGGAAUCCGGAGAGAUACGGUGCCUAAAUGUAAUGGAUCCUUUUUCAAAAUAAACUAUAACCCGACUCCGGUUAAAGUGCCUACAACACCCAGAAGCCCUGUGAAAAACUGGGGAGGAUUCCGAAUUCCAAAGAAAGGGGAGAGACAACCACAAGGAGAGGGUCAGGAAGAGGCAUGCCACCAAACCUCUAACUACUCUUACUCGGGCCUGGACCAAGCUUCCCCUAAAGACAGGGCAAAAAGCAACCUAAAGGUGGAUAGUGAGAAUGACGGGUAUGCGCCUGAUGUGGAGAUGAGUGAUUCAGAAACUGAGAUGGCAGAGAAAAAAUGCAGGCAGCAAAGGCUUGCUUCCAGCAGCACUAUUCCCAGAAGGACAGACAUUAUUAGGAGGAGCAUCCUUGCCUCCUGACUGGAAAGUGACACACACCACUGGAAUCAGUGAAGCCCAAGCCUGGAAAAAAACCCCCUCCACUCUUGUGUUGUUUGUUGGUGAGUCAAGGAAGAGGAUCGUUAGAUGUGGCUAAAAAAAAAUCAGUCAACAAUGAACCUGUUUUCCCUGGGCUGUAGAAAGAUGUUUAUGUGCACUUGACCAAGAGUUAGCCCUCUGCCCACCCUUGAGUUUGUGAGGCUUGAAUCAUCUUUAGUUGCAAUUGUCACUAAGGAAUUAUCUGAGAAAAUGACAUGGCUACUCAAAUUUAUCCAAUAGGCUUAACACUAAUAAAAAUGAUAUAAAAAUGAAACACUUCUAGGGGGUAGAUUUUGGCUUGGGGAGAGCUGGUUUAGGUGGAUAGGACUGAGAAUUGUCCUCUUUGUUCUUGAAAAGCACAAGCAAUUAGUAUACAAGAGGAUAAUGAAUUAAAUACCGUGGUUAUAACCAUCCUGCACUGUUUAACCCAUUAAAAUUGUCACUUUGAUCAGGCUGUUUGAGGACUAAGUCCAAGUAGUCUGCCAUUUUUUCUUCUGGAAUCCAAGGGUGGAGUGGGGUGAUAGCUGAAAACAGUUAGAAACCCCUGAAGAAUUGUCAUACAAAGUCCAUCAAGCACAUAAGACUAUACUAAGACUACUAGAUACCUGAAGGGAUAGAUUCAAGCUGUUCCUUAUAAAAAGGAAAAACAAAACAAAAAUCAGUGACCCAUACACAAUGCUAUUCUAGAUGGACCCAGAUGACAAGUGGAUGAAAACUAAGUCCUUCAAGUUUGGAUAGCAUCUGUGUCUUAAGUAUUUUUUCUUGUUCUGAAAAAGAAAGUAGGUUCUUUCAGGUUCUGUAUUUUUCUGGCACCUGACCAUCUGAAAUAUGACCAUUCAAGUGGGAAAGACCAAGCACAUCUGUAUUGCAAAUAUGAAUAGGUUUUGUUGUCUUGGUGCCCCUCCUUUAUUCAAUUUCCCUGCCUCACUCAUCAGCCUAGGAGCUGUAAUUCUGUGAUGGGUGAGAGAUCCCACCCCCACGACCCCAGCGAAAGUAUUAGUACCUAACAUCAAACUUGGUAACCCUAGGCUUCCUUGGGAGAAGUCAUGACAGGUAGAUGGGUUGAAAUUUGCCAUGAUGAUAUGUCCACAUUUCUAAAGGCACUAGCCAGUAACCUUUCCCAAUGUGCACUAAUGGAAUGUGUUGGGAUAUGCAAGUGUCUGACACAAGGGUUAAUUUAAGUACAAAAAAAGGAUGUAAUAAAUAUAUAUGUAUAUUUUUGAAUAAAAUGGAAAGGCAAUAAGAUGUAAGAAGCGCUUUACAUUCAAGCCAGUUUAACAACAUGAUUUCAUGAUAUGGAUUAGAUUUGACAAAAAGGAGCUCGUGUUCUAAGUACAUCUUUUUUAAAGAGAAAAUCUGCAAUAACUUGAGAGAGUAAGCCAUCAGCAAUAAUGUGAACAGAAAAUUAAGAGUCUAUAUUUUGCACCCAAGAGAGUGCAUCAUAGACGUGAAAGCCUAAGUUUUAGGCUGCUGUAACUUUUGGGGACUCAACUUGGAUAUAGAAGCAGACAUAACCUAGUUAUAGGAAAGUUUAAGCAACAGCUUUUUUUAAAAAAAAUAGACCGCCCUCCUAUAAUUCAUCAGCAUCCAGUUACUUACUAUAGUUUUGUUGUAGUUCCUUCUCCAACAAUAGGUGGAUUUAUAUCUAAAUAACAAAUGUUGCAAUUUAAUGCGUCUUCCAGGGAUUGCAGCUGAGAUCUGGACUGUUGCUGUUCCAUCUUGCUAUGCAAGUCACUGAAUGAUCAAGAACACAAAUAUAUUGGGGGAGGCUAAACAGUAAUUUUUUUAUAAUAUGGAAGCAGUCAUUCUGGGUUGGAGAAAUGUCAUGUGUGAAUGUAAGAAUUAUAGAUAUUAUUAAGAGCAAUGUGCAUAUCAUUUGAGAACUAGCCAUCAAAAUUCACCAUUUCCUUCAGAACACUCUUGACCAAACAAAGCUUUGGGAUUGGUGAAAUCAGAUGUAGUACUCACCCUUUGCUUUAGCUUUUUUUUUCGGUGUUUGUAUCAGUACCAACAUUUUCCAAACUAGAGUCAAAUCAUAAUUUGAAGUGAAUGAUUGGUUUUAACGGAUUUGGCUUUAGGUCUGAGAAUUCAGAUGUCAAAUUAUGAUUAGUACAGACCAGAAAACUGAAAGGAGACCCAGUUUAUAUGACCUAGUAUAAAGUUUAUGUGUGAGGAUAAAGCGAGGGAAAGAAAGAGUGUAGCUCAGCAGGUUGUUCAGACUUCUUAACAGUUGAGAAUCUGAGCUUUAAAGCACCUGUAAUAGACCCACUCCAGUAGCUGUUUACAGCUUGGGGUUUUGGUGCAUGCACAGACAUCUGUUUAAGUGGAGGCUAUUUCAUGCCUUUCUUUGUGAGGGAAAUUCUCAAACACCGAAUAGUCUCUCCACCAUCAUCUUCCAAUUCUCAUUCUAGUCUGUGCAUAGUCUGGACCUGGAGGAAUAGAAUAAACAAGGAGGUUUGAGACUAGAGCUUCAGUUCUAAAUGUGAUUAAUAUACUGACACCACUUUAGGCUAGGAAAUGAUUGAUAUGUGAGAGGUAGUUUUAUAAGGCUUCAUUGCUUCUGAUUAAACUACUUAUAUCUUUCAGGUUUGUUGGCCAGGUCUGCUGCUUUACAAGCAGAUACGUUCUUGUUAAACAUAGAAAAAGAGGGAUGUGAUUAAUUCACUUUUCAAUAAGUAGGUUUUUCAGGUGAGAGUUGGAUGAAAUAUUGGUUAGCCUGCCCUGUAGGGAGUUGUUCAUCAAGCCAUAGAAAGUAUAAAAUACAUAUGAUUCUAAGAGAACAUUAUUCAAUGUUACAACCAAUUUUGAAAGAAGUAUCAGAUAACAUUUGCACUAUUAGGAAUGAUAGCAUUUGUGCAGAAAGAAUUGCCUUAUCUGUUUUGCUCCCCACCAUAUUUAGGUUAAUAAGCUUUCUGAUAUUUUGAAUAAUGCUGAACCAAAAACUUAAAAAAGAGGAAAAAUGAAUAGUGCUUUCCCCCACAUCUUCUGGUUGCAAAAGUAGAGAAACGUAGAGUAUGACUAUAUGAGUUUCACACCAUACUUAGAACCAGUAAAGAAUUAUAAAUAAAGCAGUAAUCAUUACCUGCUAUUGCAUUCAUUUUGUUGAUAUGGAAACAGUUGGUAUUUCUCGUUAAGCUUCACCUUUUCCUUAUGCAGACUGCCCAAGAAAUCCUUUGAUUAUAAUUGGUGCACUACAUUGAAAUGGAGGCCAAUAAAACACUUUUAUAAUGUUGAUUAGACUGCUAUCUUGUUAGAUUCUGGAGACAGGCAGAACAUACAUACUCAUACCAAUCUAUAACAAUACACGUCUCAUAUGUACAAAACUUAAUUUACAAAAAAAUGAAAAAAUCUGUCAUUACAUUUGUAAAACCUUGUAUAGAGGAUUUUUCACUAUGUGCCUAGCUUUGGUGUCCAUUUUGCUCAAAUUUGAAAACAGGUGCAUGAUGAAAAAACAGAUAGAAUCAGAAAUAAAGUAUAUGUAGAGAUGACUAUUUUAUAUUACAUGGCCCAAUCCUGUAUUUAUUUUCCUCCCUUUUUGAAGUAUUUAUAAAGACCUAGUUGAAGAUUGCUGUAUUUUUUGUUAAAAUAUUUAGUAGAAUUGUGCCUUUGUCUGUAUGUGAAUAAAUGCUGUACAUUUUGCAAUACA